UAAAAUGCAAUGACAACAUGGGGGUCAAAGUCAAAUGUUGCACCUUCAGCAUUGUACAAUGUUGUUAUAGGAAGGUUCUUACAUUGGUGUGUCUGUUUAUGGUGGUGGGUUGGUGUACUGAUUAUCCCAGAUGUGAUAUGUAACCUGAAGAAUAAAGACGGAACAGUUGGCUAUUCAAGGUUUUACAGAGAGAGUCUUUCUGAAGUGACUACACUUCAGGAGAGGUGACAUAGCGUCUUGUGGAAGAUGCCUACCAAUAAGUCUGUGUCGAAGGCGCCGAUCACCCAGUUCGUCAACUGCAGGAUACUAAGAGAUCACAAGCUGCAGAGAGAGGAUCUGUGGGUGCGGGAAGGGCGGAUCCUAGACCCAGAGAAGUUGUUCUUUGAUGAGGAAGGCUACGCAGAUCAACGUGUUGACUGUGAAGGCCUCAUCAUCGCUCCUGGGUUCAUUGACGUUCAGAUCAAUGGAGGAUAUGGCAUCGACUUCUCGCAAGCAACCAGUAAUGUCAGAGGAGGUGUGGCCCUAGUAGCCAAGAAAAUCUUGGAGCAUGGUGUCACCUCUUUUUUACCCACCCUAGUCACCUCCCCUCCAAACAUCUACCACAAGGUCUUGUCUGAGGUUAAAGUUCACAGUGGAGGAGUGGAGGGAGCUGGAGUUCUGGGCUGUCAUCUAGAAGGUCCAUUCAUCAGUUUAGAGAAGAAGGGAGCCCACCCGGAGCAGUACCUGCGCUCCUUCCAGUCGGGCGGCAUGUUGGACCUGAUUGAGACCUACGGGACCCUGGAUAACGUUGCCAUGGUGACGUUGGCCCCCGAGCUACCCAACAGUGAGAAGGUGGUUAGAGAGCUGGCUCAGAGGGGAAUCACUGUUUCUCUAGGACACUCUGUAGCCAACCUGUCCCAAGCUGAGGAGGCUGUGCAGAACGGAGCUUCAUUCAUCACACAUCUCUUCAAUGCUAUGCUGCCUUUUCACCAUCGAGACCCGGGCAUUGUGGGUCUCCUCACCAGCGACCAGGUUCCCCAGGACCGGACGGUCUUCUACGGAAUGAUUGCUGAUGGCAUCCACACCAACUCUGCCGCCCUGCGUAUCGCCCACAGAGCACACCCUACAGGUCUAGUGUUGGUGACUGAUGCCAUCACAGCGAUGGGUCUACCUCCGGGCCGCCACACCUUGGGUCAGCAAGUCAUUGAGAUCCAGGGACUCCAUGCUUAUGUAGCAGGCACCAAGACGCUCAGUGGCAGUAUAGCCACAAUGGACAUGUGUGUCAGGCACUUCAAACAGGCUUCAGGCUGCAGUGUGGAGCAAGCCCUGGAGGCAGCGUCACUCCACCCGGCACAGCUCCUGGGCAUCACCCGUUGUAAAGGCACCCUGGACUAUGGGGCAGACGCAGAUCUCGUUCUGCUGGAUGAUGCUAUCAAUGUCAGGGCCACCUACAUCGCAGGCCAGGAAGUGUGGAGGAAAUGACAUCAUAAUAAUCAGUCCCCCACCGCUGCCCCACCCACCCACGUGGACCAAAUGGGCAUCUCCCAAAUGGCAUCCUAUUCCCUAAAUAGUGCACUACUUUUGACCAGAACAGAGCAUCAUAAAGGGAAUAGGGUGCCAUUUGGGACACAGUCAAUGCCUGGCUGCAUUGUGCUGGACACUCAUCUCAGACCCUAGAUGGCACCACUCUAUAAGAAGAAUUUUGGAUGUAGCACAAAGAAGUGCACUAUGUAGGGAAUAGGGUGAUAUUUGAGCUGCACCCUGGUAAAAUGGAGCCACUUGUAAAAUGCUACAGUAUAGAAUUCAAUAGUUUUGUGCUAUAUUUUUAUUGACAUUUUGCAUUAAGACACUUAACACAACAUAUACUGCAUUGAAAUUAUUUUAAUAAUCUGUUUGAUACAUGGGAACAUAGCACUGGGGUAACCCAGUUUCUCUGGACCCCAGCAAGGUUAGAUCCCUCCCUAAAACAAAAUCUUAAGUGUCAUCCAGACAGCCACUCAUAAAGUAUAGACUAAGUAUAGAUAUAGAUCGUUGUCCAUGGUGCUGAAAUUGUGACAUAUCUAUGCAGCUGCAUGCAUAUCGAAUCGAUGAUAGGAUUUCUGUGGUGCCAGGGCAUGUAAAAGCUUUGCUUUAGCUAAUGGAUCAAUGUUUAUUGGUAGGCCUAUUUGGUCAUCAUUUUCUCAUGUUAAGCCUAACAUUUCACAAAGCUAUAUACGGUGUCGCAAUGCUGACAUUUUUAACUGCUGACUGAUGGCAAUAAUGUAAUUACUUGUUAAGUAAUUCAAGUUGUAAAUUCAGAUUGCAGAGUGUAAAAUGUAUUUGCGAUGCAACAGCAUACUAAUCAGCUACCAAUUGAUUUUGUAAAAUAUAUUGUACAACUGUCCAGUAUAGGCUACCGGAACCUGCAUGACAUGAGCUGUUCUCAAUCUCUCCCAGCUUGGAUAGAAAGUUGUUAUGCAUAAAACUAGUCUAUUAAAGGGAUAAUCCACCCCAAUAAAUAAAAUCAUAAAACUCCUGUCAAUUUGGUGAAAGCCUAUGUUCUAUUAGUGGAUAAAAUUCAAAUGUUCCAUGAUUUAACGUCUGUGAUCGGCCUGUGAUAGGAACAUGACAUGGCUUUAUAAUUAGAUGCAUUUUUUGGCUGUGAGCUCACAAUUGCUUGUUAGACACUGGGAUUGUUUAUGCUUUAUUCAAGUCUGACCAUCGCUCAAGUACAAACACAGGCCCCACGUUCCCAAACCCUAAACAAGGUACAACGUUGAAGCAUGAUUUUACUUCCUUUAUAGAAUUAAUUAAAUAUAUGCUGUAUAUAAUAUUAGAAUAGACUCUUAUCACACAACUGUAACUGUUUUCUUUUCACCAAUUGGUUGGUGAAAAUCCCUGAUCCCUGAUGUUGCUACUCUGCUCCGCUAUGCUCUGGGCCUAAGAGUGACUAAAAGUGAUGCAAUAGUCCACUCAAAAACUUGUCUCACAUGUUGAUUCUCUAGAUCAGGUAUUCACAAACUAGAGUACGCGCAAUGGCAUCGGGGGGCACGCCAAAUAAAAUAAAUAAAUAUAUCCCAUUUAGCAGACGCUUUUGUCCAAAGCGACUUACAGGUCGGCUGGGGCCACUACUUUUGCAUAUGGGUGGCCCCAGUGGGAAACGAACCCACGACGCUUGGCGUUGCAAGCGCCAUGCUCUACCGACUGAGUAGCCUCGUUUCACUGCCAAAAAUAAAUUAAACCAUCUAGUGUUCAGCAGAAUUAAAAACACAAUAUCGAUUACAGGUAGCCUAUUCAAAUAAUUAACAUCCAAUCACAUUAACUGUUACUCUCUUGCGGGAAACCUUCAAUCUUGCACAGACAUUUUGAAACGAUACAUAACAAUUUGAAAAAUAAGCCACGGAGGUUUUUUGAGCGAGAAUAAAGACGACUUUCGAGUAGUAAGGCGUGUGUAAAAGCAAAAGAUACCAUUAAUUAGAAGGGGCUAGAAGCGUGUUAUAUGGUGAGCUACCGAGUCGCUAGGACAGGCAGGCCCCAUACUAUUGUGUAGGACUUAAUUCUUCCUGCUGCCAUGGAUAUAGCUGGGGAAUAAGGUCAAAAAACGAUACAGACAAUGUCUUCAUCAAACAACACUGUUUCACAACGCGUCAUUGACAUGGUAGGAGAUGUUUUGAAACAAUUACUGCUUUGCAUACAAGCCAGUGAAUUCUAUGCAUUACAGCUGGAUGAGUCAAUAGACGUGUCGGCCCUGGCACAGCUCCUGGUAUCUGUCUGUUAUGUUUAUGGGGGGUCAAUUAAGGAAGACAUCCUCUUCUGAAAACCAGGACAACAUAAGAGGAUUUUUUUUAUAGUACUGGACAGCUUUGUGACAUCCAAUUAAAUUUGCAUAGUCAAAAUGUGUUGGUAUCUGUACUGAUGGCGCAAAAGCCAUGACAGGGUGACAUAGUGGAGUGGUUACGUGUAUCCAAGCAGUUGCUCCCGACGCCACUUGGGUACACUGCAGCAUCCAUCGAGAGGCUCUUGCUGCCAAGGGAAUGCCUGACAGCUUGAAAGAUGUUUUGGACACUACAGUGAAAAUGGUUAACUUUGUUAAAGCAAAUCCCCUGAGCUCUUGUGUAUUUUCUGCAUUAUGCAAUGAUUUCGGUAGUGACCAUGUAAUGCUUUUACAACAUACAGAAGUGCACUGGUUAUCAAGGGGCAAAGUAUUGACGUGUUUUUUUUAUUGAAAGAAGAGCUUAAAGUUGUUUUACUGACCAUAAUUUUCACUUGUCUGACCACUUGCAUGAUGACGAGUUUCUCACACGACUGGCCUUUCUGGGUGAUGUUUUUUCUCGCCUGAAUGAUCUCAAUCUAGGAUUACAGGGACUCUCCGCAACUAUAUUCAAUGUGCGGGACAUAAUUGAGGCUAUGAUUAAGAAGUUGGAGCUCUUUUCUGUCUGCAUUAACAAGGACAACACACAGGUCUUUCCAUCAUUGUAUGAUUUGUGCAAAUGACCUCAAGAUUACGGACCAUGUCAAAUGUGAGCUAGGUGCGCAAUUAUGCAGGGUGGUUAAUGCGCUUGAUUAUAUUUUUGGCCUUCCUGUGACAUCGGGUGUUAUAGGUGUCAGUGAUGCGUUGGGAAGACCGCACCACCGUCUCGAGAGCCCUGCAGUUGCAGGCGGUGCAGUUGUCGUACCAGGCGGUGAUACAGCCCGACAGGAUGCUCUCAAUUGUGCAUCUGUAAAAGUUUGAGAGGGUUAUAGGGGCCAAGCCAAAUUUCUUCAGCCUCCUGAGGUUGAAGAGGCGUAGUUGUGCCUUUAUCACCACACUGCAAACCAUGGAGCCAUUUUGUAUUCUACAUGAGUCAAAUGUAAUGGAGUCUGUUGCCCAUGUUGGGAAUGGUUGCUGUUUAUACAAGGAUUUCAAUUUUUGCAAUCUUUUGAGCAUGGAUUAAAUUAAUUAUAUUAUUUUUGCA